AUGACUGAGCGGUUGGGAUUGCCGUACUACACAGCCGAGAACAGCCCCGCCACGGGCAUGUUCAACACGCCCAUGGGGAAGCUGCAGCGGCAGCUGUACAAAGGCGAGUACGUCAUGUUCCGGUACGCUCCCAUGUUCGAAAGUGACUUCAUGCAGAUCAGCAGAAGAGGAAAAGUGACUGAUGUGCACAAGCGCGCCCAAAUGGUGACAGUGGCCAUUGUUCGCACCAGCCCCAGCCUCACGCUGCCCGACGUCAUGCUGCUGGCCCAGCCCAGCGCUGUCCCUCAUGACAGCUCCAGAUGUGGCCCUGCUGCCCGGGGAAAACACUGUAACCCUACACAGGGCUUGGAGCUAACCAGGAUGUUUCCCUUGAAGUUUGUAAAGAUAAGCAUUCAUAACACGAUCAAACAGCAGAUCCGCCUGAAGCUUGUUACUGGCCGCUCUUUUUACCUUCAGCUGUGUUGCUCUUCAGAUACAAGAGAUCUUUUUGUUCACUGGGAAAACCUUGUUUACCUCCUGAGACCACCAGUGGUGGCUUACAGUGGUACUGAGGCCAUGCUAGCUGGGAACACCAUAGGCUCCUAUGUGUCUUUGCAAGAGCACCGGAGCCCAGUGGCAUAUGCCAUGAGGUUCUGCGGCAGGAAAGAUCAAUUCAGCAUCAGCACAUUUGACAUGAACCUGGCAACCUGUGGGCCUACCUGUUUUGGGCCCUUGGCGUACAUCAGUGAGAGCAGCUGGCCUCUCCCCAGAAGGCACAUGAGUGUGGUGAUUGCAGGAGCAGAGAGACCAGCGGAAAGGCUAUUGCAAAAACAGCCGAAGGGUCAAGAUCAAGACCUCCUCAUCUCAACCUUGCAAAGCAAAGACUGCGUGAGUGAACAAGAUGAGAAAGCCAGAAGGUCUCUACCCAGCAGCAUUCACUCUUUAGGAAAUAGCCUCAAAGCCUGUUUGUACUAA